GUGGGGGAGCCAUUUAUAAGCUGACAGUCUGUUAAUAACUUCUCGAUUAAGGUUUGUGGGUGAUAUAUUUUGUGAAAUUGUCAAACAUUGAAGUAAUUUGAAGAAAAGAAUUGGAGCUAAUACUUAAGACUUGGCUGUGUGAAUGUAGCUUAUGCUUUGUUUAGUUUUUGGUAGAAUUUAUAAAAACAAUAACAUAAUGAAAAACCUGGCAACAUUUCUUCAGUGAAUUGUCAGUGUCAAUAUGUUGUCAUUGUCAUGCAUGUCAAUAAUGUCAAAAAAUAUGUCAGUGUCGAAAAAUGGCUUCCUUGAGGAGCCCGUCUUCGCCGUCUGACGGUUACAAAAGGUUCAGUGAUGAUUUUGCAAAUACCAGCAUCAACAAUUACGGUUCGAACGUUACAAAUACCAGAACCGGCACAGAUGGCGCUGGCGACGGAGGCACUCUGGACAUGGGCAGCCGGUCUUCACUGCACACCGGUCUGCACAUGUCCGAAGACGAGCACUGGGAGAUGAAUUACCAUGAGGCUGCCAUAUAUCUAGAGGAAGGACAAAACAAUGAGAAGUUUGACUCACACCCUUCCAGCCCUGAAGAGCUGCCGGCCUAUCUGCGGGUGCACAACCCCUGGUAUCAUGGGCUCGAUCUGCUAGCAUCUCUAGUGCUCAUCCUACUCGCCUUUACAGAGGACCCUGCAGUCCCCACAUUUCGUCUUCCAGUAUGGGCACAUGGUACGAUAGAACUGCUUGCAUUAACUGUGAUAGGAGUGGAACUGCACUUGAAACUGAAAUGGAUCGGGUGGAGUACGAUACUCAAACAUAAAAGGACAAUGUUAAAGGGUAUAACGCUUAUGAUAAUGGUCCUGGAAGCUGUAGUAGUGUUAUGCCGACAGUCGUCACAUUUCCGUGUGACGAGAGCGUUAAGACCUAUCUUUUUGGUCGACACCAGACACUGUGGUGGUGUGAGAAGAUUCAUAAGACAAAUUCUACAAUCACUGCCGCCAAUUAUUGAUAUGCUUGGGUUGCUAAUGUUCUUUGUAGCAACAUAUUCUCUUCUUGGUUAUUACCUGUUUUCUGAGCACGUGGACAAUGGACAUUUCCAGACUAUCAGCGAUUCGUUUGUCAGUAUGUUCGUGUUGUUGACUACUGCCAAUUUCCCUGACGUGAUGAUGCCUUCAUAUGCUAAAUCGAAAUGGUACGCGCUUUUCUUCAUCUUAUACAUCAUCACUGUUCUAUACGUCCUUAUGAAUUUGAUGUUGGCCGUGGUAUACGAGGCGUUUACCCGCAUCGAGCGCGAGAAGUGCCGAGCGCUGCUGCUACACCGGCGGCGGGCGGCGCGACACGCUUUCCGCCUGCUGGUGUCGCGUCGGGCGCCGCACGCUGUGAGGUUGCGACACUUCGCCGGCCUCAUGAGACACUACGCGCCGCAUUACAGUGGUCUAGACGUGUACCUGAUGUUCAAGCAGCUGAACCAAUCAGGUUCGGGCGGGCUGACGCGGGCCGAAUUCUCCAACCUAUACGAAGUGUUCGCAUUACGCUGGUGCCCGCAGCAGUCCCGAGCGCCCUGGUACGCGGAGUCGCCGAUGGAGCCCGUGGGAAGAGCGGCCGCGGCGGCAGUUAGAUGGCCUUACUUCGAGUACCUUAUAUAUGCUCUGAUAGUCGGCAACGGCGUGUGUCUGGUGUUGCGCGUUUGCCAGGCCGCAAGUGAUCUGCAGAACAGCGCGCGACUGCUGUGUGCUUCAUGGGACACCUGGCUAUUCCUCACAUUGUUCCUAAUGGAAGCGGGUCUACGCAUGAUGGCUUCCGGUCUCAGCGCGUACUUGGAGAGUGGGUGGAAUGUGUUCGACCUAAGUGUCACGCUGCUAGCGUUGAUGGGCGCUGUACUGCUUUCAAUAGCGCCGGGACUGUUUAUAGUGGUCAUAUUUAGGCCACUCAGAUUGAUGCGUUUAUACAAACUGAAGAAGAGAUACAGAGACGUGUUCGGCACUCUGGUUCUCCUGUCGCCCCUCAUGUCGUCCGCGGGCUGCGUGAUGCUGGUCAUGUAUUACUUCUUCGCCAUUGUCGGCAUGGAGCUCUUUGCCGGAUACGACCUCAAGAACUGCUGCGUGAACACGACCGUCGAAGACUUCUACAAGUACUCAUACAACGGGUCGACGGCACUCGGGUACUACUAUCUGAACAACUUCGAGAACCUCAUCACGAGCGGUGUGACGUUGUUCGAGCUGACCGUAGUCAACAACUGGUUCAUACUUAUGAACGCGUACGCCACCGUUGCGGGACAGUUCAGCAGAAUUUACUUCAUGGUGUUUUAUCUGUUCACAAUGGUGGUGCUUACGAUCGUGGUGGCGAGUGUGUUAGAAGCAUUCCGGUUCAGGAUACAAUACAAGAGGAGUACAACCAAGAGGGACGAGGAGAAACUGCUACACGAGGAGGUGCAUACGAGUUGGGAGGAAGCCCAAAGGCUGGGCGCUAUCGGGGACUUGGCUGAAGAGCUGCGACCCUUUCUACCUAAUGGGGCGGAUGUGACGUUUAUCGGCUCUCGACCGCGAACAAAGGAAGUGCUACAGAGGCGGAUGUACCAAAUGGACAUACAGAAGUGGUUAGCAGAGGAAGAUGAGAAUGAAGGUCUACCACCAUCCACGACUUUAACAUCCAGCGAGGAUCCGCUAUCGCCGCCGCUUGUGCGGGCCGAAGUGCCAGCAGCGGGAACGGGCUACCAGUUGUAGAGACUGGCUACCAGUUGUAGAGACU